AAUCAUUUUUUAUUAGUUGAUUUAUGUCACAUUUUUAAUGCUCAAAACAUUGGCUUAUUACUCGAGGUACAAAGUGGGGAGUAAAGUAUAUUUUUGUUCAAAAAAGUAAAGCAGUUUGUUUGGACCCACUCUAUAAAUUACAUCGAAUAAAUGGACCUCUUCGUAUUCAGCAAAAAAAAAAAAGACUGACUCCCUCACAACAAUUUCUCGACGAUGGCGGCUGCUUCUUCCAUUCUCAGAUCGACCUUCGUCUCUCCCUGCCCCCAACCCAAUCCGCGCCGACCAUCCAAGUCCCCUUCACGUGCCUUCCACCCGAUCAAAGCCGCCGCCGCCGAUGGCCCAGCCCCGCUGCAUCAGAAGAACCACCGCCGCCCCGCCGACGAGAACAUCCGCGACGAGGCGCGACGGCUCAGCUCCUCCCACAACUUCUCCGCCCGGUACGUCCCCUUCGGCGCCGACCCCGCCUCGACCGACGAGUGGUACUCGCUCGACGAGAUCGUCUACCGCAGCCGCUCCGGCGGCCUCCUCGACGUCCAGCACGACAUGGACGCGCUGAAGAAGUUCGACGGCCAGUACUGGCGCUCCCUCUUCGACUCUCGCGUCGGGAAGACCACGUGGCCGUACGGCUCCGGGGUCUGGUCGAAGAAGGAGUGGGUCCUGCCGGGGAUCGCCAGCGACGACAUAGUCAGCGCUUUCGAAGGUAAUUCCAAUCUCUUCUGGGCCGAGCGUUACGGCAAACAGUUUCUAGGCAUGAACGAUUUGUGGGUGAAGCACUGUGGGAUUAGCCACACCGGCAGCUUCAAAGAUCUGGGAAUGACUGUUCUGGUCAGCCAGGUGAACCGGCUGAGGAAGAUGAACAAACCGGUGGUCGGCGUCGGCUGUGCUUCAACCGGAGACACAUCCGCCGCCCUAUCCGCCUACUGUGCUUCCGCCGGAAUCCCAUCCAUCGUCUUCCUCCCUGCAAAUCGGAUAUCAAUUUCCCAAUUAGUCCAACCCAUAGCCAACGGAGCUUUCGUGCUGAGCAUAGACACAGAUUUCGACGGCUGUAUGAAGCUGAUUCGAGAGGUCACAUCUGAACUCCCCAUUUACUUGGCCAAUUCACUCAACAGUCUGAGAUUAGAAGGCCAAAAGACGGCCGCCAUUGAAAUUCUUCAACAGUUCGACUGGGAAGUGCCCGAUUGGGUGAUAAUCCCAGGAGGGAAUCUGGGCAACAUCUAUGCAUUCUACAAAGGGUUUCACAUGUGCAGAGAAUUAGGGCUUGUUGAUAGGAUUCCCAGGCUUGUCUGUGCUCAAGCAGCAAAUGCCAACCCUCUCUACCUGCAUUACAAAGCCGGUUGGAAAGGCGACUUCAAGCCCGUGAGGGCAAAUACGACAUUUGCGUCCGCGAUCCAGAUUGGCGACCCGGUGUCCAUCGACCGGGCGGUUUUGGCUUUGAAAAACUCGAACGGGAUCGUGGAGGAGGCCACCGAGGAGGAGCUGAUGGAUGCCACGGCUCAAGCUGAUUCGACCGGGAUGUUCAUAUGCCCGCACACGGGAGUGGCAUUGACUGCCCUCAUCAAGCUGAGGAGGAGCGGGGUGAUCAAGCCCACGGACAAGACGGUCGUGGUCAGUACUGCCCACGGGCUGAAGUUUACCCAGUCCAAGGUUGAUUAUCAUUCGGGCGCGAUCAAGGACAUUGGGAGCCGGUUCGCCAACCCCCCGGUUCAGGUGAAGCCCGAUUACGGAUCGAUCAUGGAUGUUCUCAAGAAAUAUCUGCUGAACAAAGACUCGUCAUCCAAGAAAUGAAUUGUGUGAGUUUAGUUUUGUUCCUCUUGUUUGUAGUAUGUUCUCUCAAUGCCUGCUCAUAUGAAGGAGGAGUAGACUUUUGAUUUGAGAAGGCAGUUCUAUGAGAAACCAAUAAAACGCCAUAGAAUUGAAUCUUUUAGAUUCAAUCUUGUCCAAGUUCUUUCUUGAAUUAUGGUUUUGCCAAUGAAGUCAAAUCAUUUUGGUAUGUUUUGGGUUUUUAAAUAUAUAAUUCUCUUCAAAAUUAGUUGUCCACUCAAAGUAUUCAACAAUGAAAUUAUGAUUCAUGA